AUGAUCAUGACAUAAAUGAGACGCUUUCAUAACAAAAGACCGUUCUGGUGAAUGUAAUGUAACCGUCUAGUUCUUCUUGAAUGCUCUGAGCUUUUAUGAGUACUUACGUACAGCCAGACCCGGAGGGUCAAUAGCUGGGAGUUGGAUUAUUGCAACUAUGUAACCGUCGUGCUAGUCCAAAUAAUUAGACGUAAUCUACGUCGAUGUAAAUCGACCUCAUAAUAUGAGUCAUAUUUAAAGGAGUAACCGUCGUGCAAGAGAUUGAGUUGGACUAGUGUGGUUAAAUACUAUCAUAAUCUUGAGAACAGUCGGAUAAUUGCGUGAUUGUCAAACGUAAGGAAUGUCACUUGAAGGCGAAUACAACCCAGACGAAGCACCGACCCAGUGGGUGAAGGGGGCGGGUGAUGAGAUUGAGAAGGGAGGGGAUAAACCCCCAAAGGCAGGAAAAGGCCGCAAGGGGAAAAAACCGAAAGACCAGAAAGCGCACCCUGAUUUCGAUGAUCUUCCCGGAUACGGCGGACUUGCCUUUGGAAACGACACUGAGUUUAAGCCUCCUUCCCCGCCGACCGCUCCCCAGGGAUCGCCUCCACCCAUGGUGUUCACAGACACGGCGAAGCUGACUGAGGAAGACUGCAAGAAAGCGCUGGAGAAGUUCGUAGCGGACAACCUCUGCUACGGCAGCAAGCCCGCCAAAGAGAUGAAGAUCACCUCACACAAGGGAUGCACAGCUCUACACUACAAACUAGAGACGUUUACUGAAAAUCGCUCCACAAAGAAGAAGAAGGUUCCUUACAAGGGAGGCCACGUUGACGGCCCCGAAAAUGGAGAGCCCCCGGCUCCCUGGAGCAUACCUUGUCAGUGCAAGGCAGAGUUCAAGGACGAGCAGGUCAAGAAGGAGGUCCCCCAUACCGCUAAGGUCAAGAAAUGCAAGGACUGCAAGGGGCGUGGCUGGGAGAAGUGUGACGAGUGCGAGGGGUGGGGCCGCGUCGAGUGUGAACACUGUGACGGGACAGGUCACGUGGCUACACAGGACCAGGAUGGGAACGAGGUCCAACAGAACUGCCCCUUCUGUAUGAACGGACAGAAAUCCUGCGCCAACUGCGGCGGCGAUGGUCAGGUGACGUGCGAGGAUUGCGAUGGAUACCGGAAACUCAAGUGCUACAUCCAGCUAAAAGUCAAAUUUAUUAACCAUGACGACGAGUACAUCCUGGAGACGACGGAUCUUCCCGACGAUCUCGUGGCGAAAGUCGGCGGAAAUACGUUGUUUGAGCAGACGCUACCAAUGGUACUCAUUGUUCAUUCAUAGAGUAGGAUACACUGAGGUUCUCGGCUGCGAUCAAUCGGGAACCCUCGGACAAUUCCGCCAUAACGGCGAUCGACAAUCGGGAAACCUCUGAUAAUUCCGCCAAAAGAGCGACCGGGAACCCUCGGAAAAUUCCGCCAUAACGGCGAGAUGGUGUGGUGUAGCCCACUGUCCGAAGCGUUCAGAUUGGGUUGCGAUGUAUCUCAACAGUGACAUUAUUUAUAUUAUUGAGACAACGUUUACUGUUAACAUCGCGAAAAAUAAGCACUUCUCGAUACUUAUAAACCUAUUUUCUAUGUGCAUGCCAAUUUUCAGACCGAUCUUUCACGUAGAAAUGCUUGAAAAUGCAUUUUAUUAUAACGCCUGAUAAGCCAUGUGGCUUUCGCGUUCGGAGCUUUGAUUUAUAACGGGCGUUCAGGCGCAAAACGAUUACCCUAAAUAAUUACAAUCGGUCAAAAUACUGGAAUAUUGUUACAAGCUAUGUAGAAAAAGAAGUAAAUAACUAUUAAAACGUGUUCAUGAGCUCUUUCAGCACAAAUUGUUGCGAUUUGAGAUGCUCAAGACGAGUUUUUGUACGUUUAUUUUCUUAUUUUCCUCUGAAAACGUAUUUUUUUCUUAAAAACUCACGAUGCUCCUUAAAUUCGCGAAACAAACGCAUUUAUUCCGUGAAAUUUGCCAAAACGCGUCAUAUCCCACUAAAAAAAUGAUGAUUUUCUGUAAAUACAGCUCCUUUGUGACUAGGCCUGGUUUUGCGUUUAGGUCAUAAUACACCAAAUAGUUUCCCUAUAUAAUUCAAUGUUAAAGCGACAA